AUUUUACGGGUUCGAUCCUGAGGGUGCUCCCGAGAGCUUCCCGAGCGAGCUGUCAUUUCCCUCGCCAGGCAUGGUUCCAUUACACAGUCAGCUCCAGCAUUUCCUACCUGUGUAGGGCUGACUCAGGAGCAAGUCUCCUCACGGCAGGAUCAUACCCGCGUCACCACAUCCUUUUGCUGAACUGCAGUCUUUACUGUUUCUGCACAUUCAGGGUAACAUCUGGAAACAUCCUGCAGAUUUUUUUUUUAAUGUUACAAGAUGCUAGGAUUCUCUGUUUACACCGCUGUUAGAGCGGUUAUCUAUGGAAAUUUUUGGGAGGAGGCUGUGGAGCGUCUGCCAAAUGGCUGAGUUGCAGCCUGAGACUUAAAGCAGGCAAGGCAGCAGGAGAGACCGAGUUUGCUCUGCUGUCCUGCGGGUGUUCCUGGACCUUGAUCUCGGGUUUAUGCGUGCGUGUGGUGUGGGCAGUCUGGUUACACGCUUAACUUUGGUCUGAGCAUGAACCUCUUGUCCUUGAGUCAGGAGGGCGUUGUGCUUAAAAUGGGGGUUCCUCUGCAAGCGAGCGCCAGGGUCGGUGUUCCGGGUGCACCGCAGCACAGCGCGUGUGGUUGGAGGGACUUAGCAUUCACCAUUCGCCGCUUGUCGGCUCUGCAGCCCUAAUGUGGAAUUAGCAUAAUUGGCUGCUGGCUUUUUAGCCGGUUUUAAAGAGAGGAGCUCCAUCUGGGCCGCCCUCCGUACUCUCGGGGCUCCUCCAGGGUACCCUCCCUGUGCCUCGCGUCUGCCCGACGAGGACGGGGGAAGCAGGAUCCCGGCGGGGCGCGGGGCUCGGCGGGAGAGGCCGUCCCGGUGCGGGCAGGGCGAUGUCCCUUUAAGGCGGGCGGCGGGGCGGGCCCGGGCGGUGAGUGACAGCGCGCGCGAGGUCACGUGAGCCGCCCGUAUUUGAAGGUCACAAAAAAGCAGCUUCCUUUAGAGAGAGCAAGAGGGAGCGAGAGGGAGGGAGCGAGAGGAGAGAGCGAGGGAGCGCAGCCAAAAUGGCCGACGGAGCGUCUGCUGGGUUCUGAACGCUUGAAAUAAAGAAAAAUUGAAAAAAGAGAGAGCAAAAAAAAAAAAUUCAACAAAAAAGGAAAAAAAAAAACCUAAACGAAAAAGCAAAAACACAAAACCAUUUCUGGAUUUUCUUUUUUUUUUUCAUUUCCAUUUCUACCUUGUAUGCCUCAACUCGCUGGAUUUAAGCACUGCUGCACUUUAUGAGAGAGAAGGAGCAAGAAAGGGAAGAACAGUUAAUGGAAGACAAGAAAAGGAAGAAAGAGGAUAAGAAAAAGAAGGACUCUGCUCAGAAGGUCACAGAUCAAAAAACCAAAGUGCCCGAAGUGACGAAACCAAGUUUAAGCCAACCAGUGGCUGCCAGCCCAAUUGGCAACUCUCCAUCGCCACCAGUCAAUGGUGGCAACAAUGCCAAAAGGGUGGCAGUGCCGAACGGACAACCGCCAAGCGCCGCCCGCUACAUGCCUCGGGAGGUGCCGCCGCGAUUCCGUUGCCAGCAGGACCACAAAGUGUUACUGAAACGUGGGCAGCCCCCUCCGCCAUCCUGCAUGCUCCUUGGGGGUGGAGCAGGGCCUCCCUCCCCAGCAGCACCAGGAGCAAACCCAAACAACGCACAACCAGUGACAGGAGCACUGCUGCAGAGCGACAGUGGGACUGCAACAGAUUCAGCAAUUGGAGGUGCUGCUGCUUCAAAUUAUGCAAAUUCUACUUGGGGUCCUGGAGCCUCCUCCAACAGCGGCACCAACGCCAACCCAACUCACAUCUGGGACAAGGUGAUUGUAGACGGGUCUGACAUGGAAGAGUGGCCUUGUAUUGCCAGCAAAGAUGCUGAGUCUUCUUCCGAAAACACCACCGAUAACAACAGUGCCUCGAACCCUGGCUUGGAGAAGAACGCUCUGCCAGGAAGCACCACUAGUAACAAAGGAAAAGGAAGCCAGUGCCAGUCUGGAAGCGCUGGAAACGAAUGUAAUCUUGGGGCCUGGAAAUCUGAUCCCAAGGCUAAAUCUGUUCAAUCUUCCAACCCUGCUGCCGAGAGUAACAAUGGACUAGGUAAUUGGAGGAACUUGAGUGGACAAGACAGAAUCAGUCCCGGUUCUGGCUUCAGCAACUUUAACCCAAAUAGCAACCCGUCUGCUUGGCCAGCACUGGUUCAAGAGGGCAAUUCUAGGAAAGGAACUCUGGAAUCUGAUAGUGGUAGCUCCAAUGCACAGAUUAGCACAGUAGGUCAGACCUCUAGGGAACAGCAGUCAAAGAUGGAAAAUGCGGGUGUUAACUUUGUCUCUGGCAGAGAACAGGCUCAAAUUCAUAACACUGAUGGACCAAAAAAUGGAAACACUAACUCCUUGAACUUAAGUUCACCAAACCCUAUGGAGAAUAAGGGAAUGCCCUUUGAAAUGGGCUUGGGGAACCCUUCCAGGAGCACUGACACCCCUUCUCAAAGCACUGGAGAAAGAAAGACAGGGAGUGUUGGAUCUUGGGGUACAGCUAGGGGGUCUUCUGGAACUGACACAGUCUCUGGGCAGAGCAAUUCUGGAAACCAUGGGAACAAUGGAAAGGAGAGAGAGGACUCCUGGAAAGGAGCUAAUGUUCAAAAGCCUAAUGGGUCAAGAAGCGAUUCUUGGGAUAACAAUAACCGGUCUACGGGUGGUGGGUCUUGGAACUUUGGCCCUCAGCAUACAAAUGAAAGCAAAUGGGGUGAAGGGAACAAAUUAACAUCUGGGGCCUCUCAGGGAGAAUGGAAACAGCUGUCUGGGUCUGAUGAACUGAAGAUUGGAGAGUGGAGUGGUCCAAACCAACCAAAUUCUAGCACUGGAGCAUGGGACAAUCAAAAAGGCCACCCUCUUCCUGAAAACCAAGGUAAUUCCCAGGCUCCCUGUUGGGGAAGAUCUUCCAGCUCUGCGGGAAGUGAGGUUGGAGGUCAAAGCACUGGAAGCAACCACAAAGCAGGAAGUAGUGACAGUCACAAUUCUGGACGCCGAUCAUACAGGCCUACGCAUCCUGAUUGCCAGGCAGUCCUGCAGACUUUGCUGAGCAGGACUGACUUGGACCCCCGAGUGCUUUCAAACACCGGCUGGGGCCAGACUCAAAUUAAGCAAGACACCGUGUGGGAUAUUGAAGAAAUGCCACGGCCCGAGGGGAAGUCUGAUAAAGGAACUGAGGGGUGGGAGAGCUCUGCCACACAGACAAAGAACUCAGGGGGCUGGGGCGAUGUACCCAGCCAAAGCAAUCAAAACAAGUCUGGAUGGGGUGAGCUCUCAACCCCAACGGAGUGGAAGGACCCCAAAAAUACUGGAGGAUGGAAUGACUAUAAGAACUCCAAUUCUUCUAAUUGGGGAGGAGGAAGGCAAGAAGAAAAAUCAUCUUCCUCUUGGAAUGACAGCUCUAGUAAGGAUCAGGGGUGGGGUGGACGGCAGACUAAUCAAGGAUGGUCUUCUGGAAAGAACGGUUGGGGAGAGGAAGUUGACCAAACAAAAAACAGUAACUGGGAAAGUGCAGGAAACAAGCCAGUGUCUGGUUGGGGUGAAGGUGGGCAAAAUGAGAUUGGAACUUGGGGUAAUGGUGCAAAUACAAGCUCUGCUUCAAAGGGUGGAUGGGAUGAUUGUAAAAGAACUUCAACAUGGAACGAGACGGGUCGACAGCCCAACUCCUGGAACAAGCAGCAGCAACAGCACCAGCAGCAACAGCAGGAGUCUUCUGGUUCCUGGGGUCCACCGCCCCAAACUCCAAGUAAUGGGCGGACUCCAAACCCAAACUGGAACAGCGGACCACAGCCAGCUGCCCCCAAAGAGGAGGAGCCUAGUGGCUGGGAAGAACCUUCUCCACAGUCAAUCAGUCGAAAAAUGGAUAUUGAUGAUGGCACUUCGGCGUGGGGAGAUCCUAGCAGUUAUAACUACAAGAAUGUGAAUCUGUGGGACAAGAACUCACAAGGAGGACAGGCCCCACGGGAGCAGAGCCUCCCUACUCCAAUGACUAGCAAAUCACAAGCAUCAGUCUGGAGCAAAAGCACUCCACCUGCUCCAGAUAAUGGUACGUCUGCCUGGGGUGAGCCAAACGAAACCAGUCCCGGGUGGGGUGAAGUAGAUGAUACAGGAGCAUCAACUACAGGCUGGGGGAAUGCACCUUCCAACGCCCCGAAUGCCAUGAAAUCUAGUUCUAAAUCUAUGCAAGAUGGCUGGGGAGAGAGUGACGGGCCAGUGACAGGAACACGUCAUUCCAGCUGGGAAGAGGAGGAGGAGGGAGGAGUCUGGAACACAGCAGGCUCUCAGGGAAGCAGUUCCUCCCACAACUCAACAAGCUGGGGGCAAGGAGGAAAGAAAACACAAAUGAAGUGUGCAUUAAAAGGAGGAAACAGUGAUUCGUGGAUGAACCCAUUAUCCAAACAGUUUUCAAAUAUGGGCUUGCUAAGUCAAACUGACGACAUUCCAGGCAGUAAGAUGGACUUGUCUGUAGGUGGUCUCCCAGAUAAGAAGUUUGAGGUAGAUAAACGAGCCAUGAAUCUCGGGGAUUUUAAUGACAUGAUGAGAAAGGAUCGAUCUGGGUUCCGUCCACCUAAUUCCAAAGACAUGGGAACCACAGAUAGUGGGCCUUAUUUUGAGAAGGGUGGCAAUCAUGGUUUGUUUGGAAACAGCACAGCACAAUCGAGGGGCAUGCACACACCAGUGCAGCCACUAAAUCCUUCCCCCAAUAUCCGGGCGCAAGUGCCUCCCCAAUUCCUUUCUCCCCAGGUUUCGGCCUCCAUGCUCAAACAGUUUCCCAACAGUGGCUUGAAUCCUGGUCUUUUCAAUAUGGGCCCCCAGCUUUCUCCACAACAGAUUGCCAUGCUGAGCCAACUUCCACAGAUUCCCCAGUUUCAAUUAGCUUGUCAGCUCCUCCUUCAGCAGCAGCAGCAGCAACAGCUGUUACAGAGCCAGAGAAAGUUAUCUCAAGCUGUGCGACAACAGCAGGAGCAACAGAUUGCUCGUAUGGUGAGUGCCCUCCAGCAGCAGCAGCAGAGGCAGCCUGGCAUGAAGCAUUCGCCAUCCCACCCUGUUGGGCCUAAGCCACAUUUAGACAGCAUGGUACCCAAUCCUUUGAAUGUGGGUCUCUCAGAUUUACAGACCAAAGGGCAGAUACCUGGAUACGGUUCAGGUGGCUUUGGCUCAAGUGGCAUGGAUUAUGGCAUGGUGGGAGGGAAAGAGGCUGGAACAGAAUCCCGCUUUAAGCAGUGGACUAUGAUGGAAGGGCUGCCCUCUGUGGCUUCACAAGAUGCCAAUAUGCACAAAAAUGGUGCAAUAGUGCCCCCUGGAAAGGCUCGCGGAGGAUCGCCCUACAACCAGUUUGACAUAAUCCAGGGCGACCCACUCAGCAGCCACGCAGGCCCUGCUGGUGAUAGUUGGUUACCUGCCAAAUCUCCACCAACAAACAAGAUCGGAAGUAAAUCCAGCAAUGCCAGCUGGCCUCCAGAGUUCCAACCAGGAGUGCCAUGGAAAGGUAUACAAAACAUUGACCCUGAAUCUGACCCCUAUGUGACCCCUGGAAGUGUGCUGGGGGGGACAGCCACAUCUCCCAUUGUAGAUACUGACCACCAACUUCUGCGGGACAACACCACAGGGUCUAAUUCUUCCCUCAACACCUCGCUGCCUUCACCUGGUGCCUGGCCCUACAGUGCCUCUGACAAUUCCUUCACCAACGUUCAUAGCACUUCAGCAAAAUUCAGUGAUUACAAAUCAACAUGGUCCCCAGAUCCCAUAGGACACAAUCCCACUCAUCUCUCCAACAAGAUGUGGAAAAACCAUAUUUCCUCAAGGAACACUACAGGGCUGCCCCGCCCACCUCCUGGCCUGACCAACCCCAAACCAUCAUCUCCAUGGAACAGCACAGCACCCCGAUCGGUCAGGGGCUGGGGGGCACAGGACUCAAGGCUUGGCUCUGCAUCUACUUGGAGUGAUGGUGGCUCAGUUCGUCCUAGCUACUGGCUGGUUCUUCACAAUCUCACUCCACAGAUUGACGGGUCAACCUUGAGGACGAUCUGCAUGCAGCAUGGCCCACUGCUGACAUUCCAUCUGAACCUGACCCAGGGCACCGCCCUCAUCCGAUAUAACACCAAACAGGAGGCGGCCAAGGCCCAGACUGCACUGCACAUGUGUGUGUUGGGAAACACUACCAUCCUGGCUGAGUUUGCCACAGAUGAAGAGGUUAGUCGCUUUUUGGCACAAGCUCAGCCCCCUACACCUACAGCAACCCCGAGUGCACCCGCAGCAGGCUGGCAAUCCCUGGAGACAGGACAGAACCAGACAGAUCCAGUUGGACCUGCUUUGAAUCUCUUUGGUGGGUCAACAGGGCUUGGGCAGUGGAGCAGUGGUGGCGGCGGCAGCAGUGGGGGUGAUCUCACUGGCGCUUCAUUGUGGGGGCCCCCAAACUAUUCUUCAAGCUUGUGGGGGGUCCCAAGCGUAGAGGAUCCACACAGAAUGGGCAGCCCUGCUCCCUUACUACCUGGAGACCUUCUGGGAGGAGGGUCGGAUUCAAUCUGAACUUAGAACUUUCAACUCUGACCUCGUGACCUUUUUUGGAACAGCAGCAGCACUAACUUGACCUUUUUCGUUUUUUUCAACUUGCAAUAAAUACAUUUAUAAAAGGAAAAAAGAAAACGGAGAAAGAAAAAAAAGGUGGGUCAUUGACAGACUGUCUGAGCACAUAGUUGCCUCCCUUAUAUAACUUCAGUUUUUUCGUUUGGAAUAUGAAUCCAAAAAGAGAACAUAUCACUCUUGAAAUACUUGAAUCGUGAACGCCAACUUAGAAAGACAAUGUGAAGCAAGUACACAUACCAUUUAAAUUUAAGCAGAAAAAAUUAAAAAAAUUAGUUUCUAGUUUUUCACUUUUUCAUGUUAUACGGAAGUUGUUGCUAAGAAACAUAUAUACUGAAAAAAUAGCUUUUUAACUUUGUUUGCACUGGGUGUGUUUCCGUCCUUAGGUCUACCAUGUUGGGCUGGGGUUGGGGAGGGGUUCAAAAGAAUAAGGGGAGGGAGGGGAAGACUUGACGGAGCCUCACUUUAAAAACAAAACAAAACAAAAAACCUAGAAAAAAAAUUAAAAAAUUAAAAACCCACAAAAAAAAACAAAACAGAAAAAACAAACAAAACAAAAAAACCAACACUUUGUGAUUGGCUGGUUGAUAAGUACCAGUGUGUUCUGGCACAUGUAACUGCCCACGUGUGCUUGUUUCUGUGUGAGUGCGUGUGCACAUGUUUGUGUGUGUGCAUUUUUUUCUCUAUAUAUAUAAUCUUGAAACGCUGCAUUGCUGAUGGUCUACGGGCUGGCUGGCCAUCUGCAUGUCUUGAUUCUGAAAGCAAGACAGGCAUGGUGGAGUCCCUGUGGCUGAAGCAGAAUCCAGUUGGGCUGGAUUAAAAUCUCUCAGUAGGUUUUUUUAAAUUCAUUUUAGCAGGGUGCUAUCUCAAAUCUGCAGAUCAUAGAGUGGAUAGUUGCUUCCUAGCCCUUGUUCUAACCCUGUGGUAGAGCAGAACACUGCCAUAUCCAAAGGAUUAUGGGAGAGGGGAGACAAUGUUGUCUUUUGAGUAACAGUCUCUUUAUUUAUGUCUGCUUGUGGGGUUUUUGUACUGAAUGAACCCUAGAGUGUUUGUUAUAUAAUGCAAGCCAUUCAUUUCUUCCAACAGGGGAAAAGAGGAUUAAAGAAGACAUUGCCAUUUUUUGUGCAGCUAGACAAAUGUUCUUUUCCAGUCUCUUGCAAGCUUCGAUACCUUUAAAAAUAAGUUUCUUUUCCCCCCCAAACCUAAAUAAGCACCUGUGCUCAUUCUAGAGGAAUCCAUCCAAAGCCUGAAAAUCCAGCCCAACUAAAUUAGCCUUUUAGUUGAUUUACUGCUUCUAUUAAAACUGACAAAAAACUAAAUGGUGUCAGCAAAGUGCUGGCCAGCCUGCCUCAUCUCCUGAAAGCACAUGCAGCUAACUCCUUCCUGCGUCCUUCAUGGUGAGCGUUACCUGUGCCAGGCCUUGGUGCCAUUACAGCGCCAGACCAUCACUGACAGAAACGUUUACUUACGAAUGUUCUUAAACCAGUGUGUACUUCAAAGGUUUCCUUUUGUUUCUCUGUGUUGUGUUUUUUCCUGUGUACGUGGUUUUGCUUAGGGAGGUAUAUAACUAGCAAAGACUUUUUUUUUUUAAAGAAGUAUUGCACCUUUUUGUUUUUACUUUUUUCCUGUACUGUUGCUUUUUAAUUUCUGUAUUUAAGGAAAGGUUUGGGUUUUUUUAGCAUCAGUGUAGUAGUACUCUGGGCAGGAUAGGGGUGACCUAUAAUCCACAGUGAUAGCCAGUGUGUGCGUGCAUGUGUACGCUGGGAACAAAACUUCUAAGACCUGUUGAAAAGAGUUGUAGCAGACUUGAAGGAACAUCCCUUGACACAAAGCAGGAAGUCUUUUGUGGAGGUGGGGCCGGGGGAAGAGGGAAGAGAGAAGCCGGUACUUUUUCCGUAAGUGCUAGGACUUCCGUGCGGCAUUGUCCGGCUGUUACACGGUCUAAUGAAGUGCCGACCUUCUGUACCAGCACAUACCUGUCCAUUCCAGCCCUCAGAGGGAGCAGUGCUUUAUCACCUGGCGGAGGGGGACAGAUAGGGGAGUCUGUUUCUUCAGCGCUUUCAUUGAAGGAUAUGACCAUGUGUAAUGCAUUUAACUCAUGGGUUUGGUGGGCAGAAGCAAAAACAGAUGCAAGUCAUGGAGGGGGGAAGUUGGUGCAAGUGUGUAUGUGUGUGUGUGUGUGUGUAUGCCUGUGUGCUGGGGGUGGGAGGGAAGGGCUAGGGAAUUACAUGGCUGUUUUAUUUAAUUCGCCCUUUUUAUGUAAACCCAGUGUCACAAGGAAGACUGACUGAGGGAAAUGCUGCAUAUACACAUGCCUGUAGAUUUGUAUGCAAAGCAUUACGUGGUAAAAAAGUAUGAGUAGGUUUGUAUUUGUUUAGUAAACUGGAGUGUGCAGCAUACUCUGGCCCCCUUGGAAAAUACUUUCCUAUCAUGUCUCCUCCAUCUAUCCCACCAUGCACAAAGAAACAAAAUGCUCUCUUUCAGCUCCUGCUAGCUGGCUAGUGCCCCUCGUGUGCAGGCAUCUGUACAGCUUUGUUUCUGCUCAAAGACCAAGUGCACUCGGACAUGCAGAGCAGGUUCUUAAAAGUCCUGUGCCAGCAGUACUUCCUAGUGAAGCACCUUUGGCCUGAGCAAGCCAGUAUCUGUUCUGUCACAUGAUUUGCUAUACAUGCUGGUUCAUUGCUGUGUUCCACCCUCACUUCUCUCUCCCAACCUGCCCUAAGGUCCCUUUACCUGCACUUUGGGCUAGAUGAGUUCAUUGCGAUACUACGGUGAAAGCCGGGUGCUAGAGCCCCUCUUGUUUACAAGACAUAAUGAGGGAUUUGAAAUAUUUAAAAAGAAAAGCUAAAUUGUUCUUCCAUUGUAAGCUUAAAGGGAAAAAAUUAAAACAUUAAAAAAAAAAAAAAAAAAAAAAAAAAGACCAAAAAGUGCAUAUAUAUAUU